AUGAGAAUGACCGGCUCUGCAUGCUGCUUCGACCUAAGGUAUCACUUGGAAUACUAUUUACAAUCAAUGUACACGCAGACCUCAUCUACAAAAAAUCCAACUCUCUUGACUACUCCAUACUCGUCCUCUACGUUGCAAUUUCGUACCCAACCACCACCAUCCCUUCACCCUCCCUUAUUGUCUCCUCCUGCUUUGCAUACUCAUUCUACCCUAUACCCACACCUUUACAGCCACCUCUACAUUCACACUACACACAAAAUUCACACUACACAAAAUUCACUUUAA